UCUCUCAUCUCUCUCCUCCUCCUCCUCCUCGUCUGUGUGCGUGAGGGAAAAGCUGAAGCUCGGGGCACAAAGAGAGCGCGUGGCCCUGCGCCCCACCGCCCCACCGCACGCGACUGAAUGGCAUUUUAACACACACACACACACUACACACCUACACACACCUCGCCAACCCACGGACAGGAUACACGCGCACACAUCCGGGCAAAAACGGUGGCACCAAAAUGGAGUUGGAGCACUUUGACGGGCGUGACAGAGGUCAGAGGUCAAGGCGAGGGCUGCCCCCGAGCCCGGCGCACAGUGCCCACUGCAGCCUGGGCCGUGCUCGCACGCUCCAAGCUCUCAGCUCUGAGAAGAAAGCCAAGAAAGUGCGUUUUUACCGCAACGGUGACCGUCACUUUAAAGGCAUCGUGUACGCCAUCUCUCGGGACCGUUUCAGGUCAUUCGACGCACUGUUGGCUGACCUCACGCGCUGUCUGUGUGACAGCCUCAACCUUCCACAUGGCGUCCGCUCUUUAUACACCAUCGACGGGUCUGGCAAGAUCACCAGCCUGGAGCAGCUGGAGGAAGGUGAGAGCUACGUCUGUGUAUCAAUAGAACCUUUUAAAAGGCUUGACUACACCAAGAAUGUCAAUCCCAACUGGUCGGUCAAUGUGAAGACCGUGGCAGCUUCUCGGAUGCCCACCUCUCUGGCCAGUGCCAAAUCCAACUCACUGGACACCAAGGAAAGCAAAGACUUUAUCCGACCUAAGCUGGUGACCAUCAUCAGAAGCGGUGUGAAGCCCCGUAAAGCCAUCCGUAUUCUUCUCAACAAGAAGACGGCACAUACUUUCGAGCAAGUUCUCAGCGACGUCACGGACGCCAUCAAGCUCGACACGGGAGCCGUCAAGAGACUUUACACGGUGGACGGCAAACUGGUGACAUGUCUGCAGGACUUCUUCGGUGAGGAUGACAUAUUCAUCGCAUGUGGUCCUGAAAAGUUCCGCUACCAGGAUGACUUCCUGCUGGACGAGAGUGAGUGCAGGAUGACGAAAUCGCAGUCUUACGGUCGGCUCUCGUCUCUGCAGGGUCGCUGCUCUCCUCGCAGUGGAGGUGGCUCAUACAGGAGCAAGUCUCCGGUCUCCAACAGCUCAGCUAAUGGAACAGCAGGGAGUCAGCUGUCUACGCCUCGCUCAGGCAAGUCCCCGAGUCCAUCUCCCAGUCCAGCCAGUCUCAGGAGACGGCGGAGCUCCCAGCACAGCGGCUCGUCUCUCUCUCUGGCUUCUACUAAAGUGUGCAGUUCCAUGGAUGAAGGUGACGGUCCUGCAAGCGAAGCUGAGGUGGUGGAGGAAGGCCCUCAGGUUCCUGCCUCUAUAGCUGAGAGGUACAGGGUGGGCAGGAUGAUCGGAGACGGCAACUUCGCCGUGGUGAGAGAGUGCGUGGAGAGAUCCACGGGCCGAGAGUACGCACUCAAAAUCAUCAACAAGGGCAAAUGCAGAGGCAAGGAACACAUGAUCCAGAACGAGGUGUCCAUUCUGAGGAGGGUGAAACACCCCAAUAUAGUCCUUCUGAUCGAGGAGAUGGACACCUACAGUGAGCUCUACCUGGUCAUGGAGCUGGUCAAGGGUGGUGACCUUUUUGAUGCGAUCACAUCCACAAAUAAGUACACGGAGAGGGACGCUAGCGGGAUGCUCUACAACCUGGCCAGCGCUAUCAAGUACCUUCACAGCCUGAACGUCGUGCACAGAGACAUCAAACCUGAGAACCUGCUGGUCUAUGAGCACCAGGAUGGCAGUAAGUCUCUGAAGCUGGGUGAUUUUGGCUUGGCCACGGUGGUAGAUGGUCCUCUGUACACCGUGUGUGGCACCCCGACAUACGUAGCUCCAGAAAUCAUCGCAGAGACCGGCUACGGCCUAAAGGUGGACAUCUGGGCUGCCGGUGUCAUUACAUACAUCCUGCUCUGCGGCUUUCCUCCUUUCCGUGGGAGCACUGAAGAUCAGGAGGCUAUGUUUGAUCAGAUCCUCACAGGACAGCUGGAUUUCCCUCUGCCAUACUGGGACAACGUGUCCGACUCUGCGAAGGAGCUCAUCACGUGUAUGCUGCAGGUGGAGGUCGAGCAGAGAUACACGGCUCUGCAGGUGUUAGAUCAUCCGUGGGUCAACGACGAUGGUUUGUCUGAGAACGAGCAUCAGUUGUCAGUGGCUGGAAAAAUCAAGAAGCACUUUAACACAGGGUCCAAGUCCAGCAGCACAACGCCUGGCGUCUCUGUUAUAACAACCACCGCUCUUGAUAAGGAGAGGCAGAUUUUCAGACGAAGACGCCACCAGGAUGUGAAGUCCACCACCACUCGCGCUCCACACAGCAGCUUCCUGUCGAAGCCUCUAGCCGGCCCCAGCCUCUCCCCUGCAGAGUUUACCUCCGAGUCUGAGGACUUCUCGCCCAGCUCCGCCGAGACUGUGCGCUCCCCAACCUCACCAUUCUAACCUAAAAUCUCUCUCCUAGACACACACACACACACACACACACACCCUGAACAGGGCCUGAGCAGCAACCUAACAUGUGACAGGAAAUAAAGAAAAGCUCUCAUUUGCAUGUUUUGAGCUGGAACACUUCCUGCAAAAUCUUGUAUUCAUAAUGCAUUUGAAACUGAUGAAAAUAAUCUUUAACUCUAUGUAGCAUACAUAAUACUUAAAAACCUACACAAUACACGCUCAUAACACAUUAUUAAGCAAGACAUGACUUUUUUUAAUAAUGUGAAGGUAAAAAAACCCAAUAAUAUAGUUUAAAUAAAGUAGUAUUUUUGUUUAUAAAACGAUGAUACAUUCUAAUUUCUCUUCUAGAAAAUUAAAUAGAUCUUUUCUGACCUAAAGAUUUUAUUAGUUAUAUACACAGUAUACAUCUUGAAUUGAAAUGAAAACCAGGUAUGCUUCUUAAAAAGACUAUAAAGAAGAAUAUUAAAUAAUAUUUAUAUCCUGUUCAGAAAUGUGUAAAAUGAUUGUGAAAUAUAUAAAUUUCCAAAUCAUAUGCUAUUCGGGCUAAAAAUGAGAAUGAAUAGAAAUAAGAAACAGAAAUAAUAUAAGAAAUGGAAUAUUGAUGUGGAAUUCUAUUAUAUUAUAUAUUACCAGCACAGAAUAUAAUAAACAGUACAGAUGAGCAUUAAAGCAUAUUAACUGGAAGGUUAUAAUGAUUCAUGACAUGCUUUCUAAAAGUUCUUAACAUUACAUUAAAGGUAUUAUGCAUGCUACAUGAGCAUUUUGUAAUGCAUUAAGAAUACAGGAUGAAUUAAAAGGUGUUUGAAAUCUGUUUUAAACUUAAUAUAGUUAUUAGUGUAGAUGUAAAGAGUUAUAAAAAAAAAAAAAGAGAAAGAUCAGAUUCAUUCACUCCGUGCAAUCUGUACAAGAUUUAAAGUAUUUAAAAGAAGCACAAUGGCUCCAUUAGCUCCUGAAGAAAUAACGGCGUGAUCGCUUUCUCAGAUUUAGACUUCUCUUAUUUUGCUGGAAACAAAAGCACUUGGUUUGGUGUGAUAGUGAAGCACAUGCAGCACAAUGGAACAGUUUUUGGCCUCGUCCCAUUUCCCAAAGCUGUCCAUAUGAAUAUACAGUAUAGAUAUAUAUUAAAAAUAAUAAAUUCGAAAGAAAAAAAGGAGGGCAAAUAUAUGGAGCAAACAGCCAGGUGACGAAUUCAAUCUAAAGUUCAGACAGGAUUCAGAAACCUUCUAGACCUUAAAAGAAAAUAAAAUCAGAAAUCUUCCGGGAAACCAAGUAAACUCUUCAUUUCUUUAAAAAAAAUAUUUAUGUUUCACCAUUUCACUCUUUUACACACUCUUUUAUAAUCCUCUCAUUUCAAGUUCUUGAAAUAUUUAACCAACAUUUUUGAUCAGAAUCUGUAGUAGGUUACAUUACAGCUUUAUACACUACACCAUACUUAGUAGAUAAGAUGGUUCUGACCUUUAUUUAUUUAUUUAUUUAUUUAUUUAUUUAUUUCUAAUUGACGGGUGCUAUUUUAAAUAGACUAGAAACGUUUACAAAAUGGCUGAUCCUCAAAUCAAUCCUUCGUCGAUCAUCUCAAGCGUGCGCUUUUCAGCGCGGUCGGAAACACAAUUUACAUUGAAAAUGAAUAAAUCCGGUGAUUUACACCUCAUCAGAUAAAUCUCAGACUUUUACAGCGAACAAACAAAAAAAAAAAGUCACUAUAGACGGAAUAUAGCGCUAUAGAGAAGAUAGUUACGAGUUUCUUUUUUUUGGGGGGGCGGGGUUUGCAUGCACAGAACCGAUAUUUUAAUAUUUAUCUACAACGAAAAGUUCCAUGAAGAGUUAUGACUUGAAAAAGAACGAAGGCCUGAACGCUAUAUAGGAGAUGCAGUUAUUAAAGCAAAGGCAUGUUUUAAUAUGAAGUAAUAUCCCGUUCAAAAGGAGGUGUAAAAUUCACACUGAUUAUUUUUCACUCUAAAUAUCGUCUACACUGUUUCAGCAUUUUGUCCGAAAGGUGCGCAAACUUUUGCACACAGUUCUUCACAUACUCAGAUGUUCAUGGUAGAUAUUGUUGAUUCAUUUGAAGUCAGAUGUAUACUUUUUAUCCGUUUGUUGUUAUAUCAAACAUCGUGGAACGUCCAGGAGACAGGUUACUUCCUGUUCCUGUAACAUAAUGCUUAAAAAAAAAAAAAAAAAAAAAAAAAAGCUGUCAAAAGCUGCUGUUGAAGAAAAUUCUAGAAAAAACAAAAAAUAAAAUAAAUAAUCACCAAAUCAAAAAUUCUGCAGCACUGUGCAUUAAGUUGUGAAUGUAAUAGAUUUUAUUUAUUUAUUUAAUUGAUUCAUUUAAUUAAUUAAUGUAGUAAUUUACUCAUUAUUUAAUUAAUUUAAUUUAUUUAUUCAUUUAUUUAUUGACAUGUUCCAUAUGAAUGUAUCUUUCGUCAGCCGAAACAAAACAAAUUGGCAGAAUAAAAUCUGGAGGUUCGCUAAAGCACAGAAAUGAUCACAGACGUCUUAAUUGCCUUAGUUAAAAUGUUAAACUGUUUCUGAAUGUGAAACUUUUGUAAACAACGAGUUUAGCUGCAUCAAAAUUCCUGUUUGUGUCUUAAAUAAUGGCCUUCUGGAGGUUUCUCGGAACUUCUAGAUGUUUCUCUGGAAGUCUCUCAAGCUACCUACGUAUAGAAACACUGACUUUUUCCUCUGCUGUUUUCUUCUUCUUUCUGUACAUUUUUUCAAAACACAUCAUUUGAAAUGGAAUAUAAUGUGUAAUGUAAAGUUUGUAAGAGGCUUUGGUGAUGAACAGGUACGACAUUGGCAUCAGCACAACGAGUAGCACGAGCACAAAAGAACAGAAUGGCCUUUUUGUUUAAAAAGCUACAUUUAAUCUAGCAAAUCUUCAGUAACGAGUCUGUAGAUAGGACACUGGUGAUCUGUAUGAAAUUCAUUGCUACUUCUUACUGUUCCAGAAGUCCAGAUAGCUGUACGAUCGUCGUCUUUUCAUUUGAAUAUGUGGUGAAAAAACACAGCUUUUCUCCUGAACGUGAGCAGGAAGUGGCUUUGCUUCCAAGUAGCAUUUAUUUGACAGUGGUGCCCUCAGCAACAAGCCAAACAUGAAUAAACUUUUUCCUCAAAUA